UCACAUGACAGUCAGAGCGUAGUAGGUUUUUCUCUGUGCAGUUGUUCGUCAUAUGAUUAAAAGGCUGGCAGAAAAAUGAAAAUGUUGCAAAACGUACUCGUUUUUUCCCUAUGUAUAGCAGCAAUCCAUGCCGCUGGCGAGUUCACCGUGCUGAACAGCCCCAAGGCGAUUAGCUUCAAGGGCACUGAUCCCCUGAACAGUCGCGAUAUCGGCGAUGUGCUAUAUGCCUCCAUGGGCAACUCCGUCGUUGGCGAUUCUGAUUGGACUGGCCUGACCAUCAACGAUCCCUUCAAUUUGGCCAAGGGCGUUAUUGCCGUGCAUGUGGAGGGCCUUAGCCAUGUGACAACGACAGGCAAUGUAAAAUCCUAUGAACUGGUUGGCUCCAAUACUGGACAUUCGCUCAAUGCACUGGCCGCUGAGCUGGAGGCAGCCAACGAGCCCGUCUGCGAUAUUAACUUCGACCAAUACGAUGAGGGCGUACAAGCCUUCAAGGCAUGCUUUGGUGAAUUCGAGACGCCUGCUGCUAAGCCUACCAAGCACCUGAACCCCACGUUGCACAAUGCUGACAAGCAGUUCCUGCAGGAAAUUGGUUUCAUCAAUGCCGCCUCCGAGAACUUGGCCGAGAUGUUGAAACCGUCCAACGUUUUGCUCAUUCGCCUGUCUGUCGACGGCAUUGCCAAGGCGCACGGAGAGAAGUCUCUUGCUGUGGACGAAGCAAACAAGCUAAUCUCUGUUGCCAUCAGUCGUCUUCUGGCUGCCGCACAAAAGUCCAGCGACUCGGUGCUCUUCGUUCUAUCUACGGACAAGGAAACCAAUUCCCGUUACAAGCGCGAAACUGUCGCAGCCGAUGACGAUAACAAAUACAAUUUCGCCGUCUACUAUAACGAAGAUUAUCCAGUCAUUUUCAACAUCAUCCUGUGGUUCAUGGUCAUAUUCGGCCUGUCGCUUUUGGCCAUCUGCUACGCCAUCGGCUCCAUGGAUCCCGGCCGGGACUCCAUCAUCUACCGCAUGACCUCCACAAGGAUGAAGAAGGAUAACUAAGCGCUCGUUUACUAAAUUGCUAAACAGCGUCUGAAAACCUUCCACAUCAUUUGUUAUUUCGCCCCAUUUAUUUUGCGAAAAAGUCAACUCAAAAACUA